AUGAAGUUGCUACUAUUGUCAGCCCUACUCGGGGUCGCUCUCGCUCAUUUAUGCGGUAAAUUUACCACCGCUGACGACCACUACGAUGUCGCUGCCAUGUUGAAAGAUCCCGUUCAGGUGAAAUAUCAUAUGGACUGUUUCGUUGGAAGAAGGAUUUGCGAACCAUUUAGCUUUUCAUAUAAAAAAAACAUGCCAGAAGCAAUUCCUACAGCCUGUUUGAGAUGUACAGAUGGCCAAAAACAUAUGUGGAACAUCUUCUUGAAUGGUUUAAAGAAAUAUUAUCCCACUGAAUAUUUGGCGUUUCAACGGAAAUAUGACCCGAGUAAUAUAUUCUUAGAUGAGUUGAUGAAAGCCGUGAAGGAUUAUUAA